AUGUUGGGGUUGAAGUGGGAGGAUGGGGAGGUGGAGUUAUCCAACUGCGACGCCAUCUCCUCCCUCAUCUCCGCCGCCUCUGCUGCAGCUGCGCUCGUCGUCGCCGUUGCUCCGAGGUUCUUUGUCGUUGAGCUAGCCCUAGCUGCCUCCGUUGCUCUCCAGGGUCUCUGGUCAUUCCAGACCGGCCUCUCCCUGUACGUCGAGGCCUUCAUUCCCGAGGGCUGCCACCGGUUGCUGGGUCUCCGCAACCUCUCCUCCACCAGGUGUGAUAUCGAGAGCUCCCGCCUCCGCGCCGCUGCGCUCCUGGACUUGUUCUUCACCCUCCACGCCACCCUCAUUGCCAUUGUCACAUCGAUCGUGUAUACUACAAUGACCAGGGCGUACGGUGGCAAUGGGCUCGUCCGGAGGCACAAUGGAGGUUCCUACGAUGCUCUACUGACGUCAUUAUCAGACAGGAGUCUGAGGUCUCUCAGAUAUGGGUCACAUUCACAUGAAGGCACUCUCCAACAGCUCAACGCAGGCCCGAGAUAA